CACUGGGUUGGUCUUGGCUUUGUUGGCUGGAUGGGAGUCCUGCUUCUCUUGCUUCUCCUGACAGAGAGAAUAGUGCCAAUGCCGAGUUCUCAAAGCAAGAACAGUCCAUCUGUCCCAGAGGAAUUCACGGCCCCCUUGGAGUUCCAGCAGCACCACUUCGGCUUGGUGGAUGAUUAUGGUAUUAAACCAAAGCAUCCCAAAUUCCGGACACGGACGUUGCGUAAGGAAUCAGAAAAACUGCGCAGAGCACACAAGAGCAAGCGAGAUGAGCCAGACUUUGAGGAGUAUUAUUAUGAUGACCUCUUUUGACAUUCCUUUGGAAAGUGGCAAUAUGAAUGACCUUUUCUUUUUAAAUAAGUUGCAGGCAGAAAC